UAGACGCGGCAACGUGGGAAGAACGUUGUGCUCAGGAGAAGUAGAGAAAGCAACGUUGCACAAAUUCUUUUUACCUAACAAAAAUAAAUAACUCGGUUAUCGCCGAAUUAUAAUCGGGCACGAUGUAAAAAACGUCAUAAAUAGGGUUUAAAAACCCUUUAAAAACUACAUUCAUUUCACAAUAAAUUUAAAUCUGAGUUGCACGUGCUUUCGACUAAGAACGCCUAAGAAUGGCUAAGAACCACUAAGAACCUCCGUACAACGUUGCCAAACUUUAAAAGACAAGUUGCGCGAUGAAGUUAUGUGUGCCCGUCGAGUUAAGUGCAAUAAACUACUAUUUGAUACGGUUACUGGUUUAUUAUUAUGUUUAUUGUUAAGUGUUGUUGUUUUCGGUAUGUUGAAAGAUUUAUUAUUAGAAAACGUUUAAAAUAAGUGUUCAAAACUUGUUUUUAAAUAAAUUGUUUCAAAUCGCGAGGAUUUUAACUCUAUUUGGUUGAUGGAAUUUUAUGUGAUACUUGUGGUGGCGUCGACGCUAUCUAAACUUUAUCAAUCAAGAAUAUCGUUUGCAAUAACAAUCUAUCUUAUCCUAAGUGUGGACAAACUUAGAGACGAAUCAACUCAGUACUAGAUUGUGUUCGUAAGUAAACGUCUCGUUAACGUUUUAAAUAAUAUUCGAAACACAUCCGAGGAUUUGGCAUCGAAGUGUCGACGACGAUCUUGGCACGGGGACUAUCAAAGCGAAAAUCGCGCCAAAAAUAACGUCCACCCGCCACCACGCAGAAGGAGUCGUCCUGGUACCGUUCGAAUGCGUGUCUGUUUAGACUCCCUUUGCUUCUCGUCCUGGCUGCGUCCUUCCGACGAAGAAGUGCCCCCAGGCGGUGGUCAUAUUAAUGGCAUCCAACACCACCUAGACGCGAAUCCCGCGGCGGUUGAUGUCCAUGCGGCGCCUGAAACCGGCCGAGAUAUGGCGCUCGAUCCGAAUCAGCAGGAGCUGGUCAAAAAAGUUCGCGAGCUCGAGGAACUCCUUCGAGUUAAAGAUGAGGAAAUCGUCGAGCUCCGAUCGCACAUCGACAAGUUCCAAAGUGUUUUCCCGUUACAUUUUCAUUCGAAUCAACAACGGUAUUUUGGUCUAAAUAAUAAUGUGAGGGAUCGACCGAGAAAACAAAGGGCUGGAAUUUCAGCUGAGCCACAAACUGCGAGUAGCAUUCAAGAUUUAACGAAGCAAACGUUUCCUGUUUACGAUAAGGAUGAUGGGACACGGGAGUUAAUUAAAUCGGCGAUUUUGGAAAAUGACUUUAUGAAAAACUUGGAAUCGACGCAAAUUCGAGAAAUAGUCGAUUGUAUGCAUCCCAUUAAUUACGAGGCGAAUAGUUUGAUUAUAAAGGAAGGAGACGUGGGCAGCAUCGUUUAUGUUCUUGAAGAGGGUCGAGUCGAAGUAUCAAGAGAAAACAAGUACUUGAGUACAUUAGCACCGGUUAAGGUACUAGGAGAAUUGGCAAUACUUUACAAUUGCAAACGAACAGCGACGAUAAAAGCAGCAACUGAUUGUAAGUUAUGGGCAAUCGAACGACAAUGUUUCCAAACGAUUAUGAUGAGAACCGGAUUAAUCCGGCAAGCGGAAUAUACAGAUUUCCUAAAAAGCGUUCCGAUAUUCAAAGAUCUCCCGGAAGAUACCUUAAUAAAAAUAUCCGACGUGUUAGAAACCGCAAAUUACGACAACGGCAAUUAUAUCGUGAGGCAAGGAGCGCGAGGUGACACCUUCUUCAUUAUUAGUAAGGGAAGGGUUAAAGUUACGAUUAAAAAUCCUCAAACGAACGAAGAACAAUUUAUUAGGAGCUUGGGAAAAGGAGAUUUCUUCGGAGAGAAAGCUUUACAAGGAGAUGAUUUGCGAACGGCUAAUAUUAUCUGUGAUGAUCCAGAAGGAGUUUCUUGUCUCGUAAUCGAUCGUGAAACAUUCAAUCAACUCAUUUCGAACUUAGACGAGAUCAAGACUAAAUACAAAGACGAAAGUGAUCAAAGGAGAAGAAUAAAUCAAGAAUUUGAUAACGUACAACUUGCGGAUCUUCAAGUUUUAACAACACUGGGUGUUGGUGGUUUUGGAAGAGUGGAACUUGUCCAAAUUAAAGGUUAUCCGAACAGAUCGUUCGCGUUAAAGCAAAUGAAAAAAGCACAAAUUGUAGAGACUCGGCAACAACAACACAUAAUGUCCGAAAAGGAAAUAAUGGGAGAUGCAAAUUGCGAUUUCAUCGUGAAACUUUAUAAAACGUUUAAAGAUCGAAAAUAUCUUUAUAUGUUAAUGGAAAGUUGUUUGGGUGGCGAAUUAUGGACGGUGUUAAGGGAUCGUGGUCAUUUCGAUGACUCGACGACGCGAUUUUACACCGCUUGUGUUGUCGAAGCUUUCGAUUAUUUGCAUUCGAGGAAUAUUAUUUAUAGAGAUUUAAAACCUGAGAAUUUGUUGUUAGAUAACGAUGGUUAUGUUAAAUUGGUUGAUUUUGGGUUUGCGAAAAAGUUACAAACCGGGAAAAAAACCUGGACGUUUUGUGGAACCCCCGAAUACGUCGCCCCGGAAGUUAUUUUAAAUAAAGGACACGAUAUAUCAGCGGAUUAUUGGUCUUUGGGGGUUUUAAUGUUUGAGUUAUUAACGGGAACCCCUCCAUUCACCGGAGCGGAUCCUAUGAAGACUUACAAUAUUAUUUUGAGAGGAAUUGAUACGAUCGAUUUCCCAAGGAUGAUUACAAGAAAUGCAAUGGCUUUAAUUAAGAAGUUGUGCCGGGAUAACCCCGCUGAGAGGUUGGGGUAUCAAAAAGGAGGAAUUAGUGAUAUACAAAAACAUAAAUGGUUUGAUGGAUUUAAUUGGGAAGGAUUAGUGAAUAGAACGUUAAUGCCACCGAUAAUGCCGGUGGUUAAUCAUGUUACGGACACAUCAAACUUCGAUAAUUACCCCCCAGAUACGGAUAGACCUCCUUUGGACGAUGUAACCGGUUGGGACGCAGAUUUUUAAUUAAAAAAAACACAUUUGUAACAAAAUAAUAAAUAAUUAAGAGAAAAUACUUGAAUAAUUGUGAUAAAAAUGCGUUUUCGCUUCGAAGAAAGUGUUUUAUGAUUUUAUAAAUUUAUUAAUAAGGGUGAGUGAUGAGUACAUGUUAUCCUUGUUGUGCCAUUUGUUAAAAAUGAUAAUAAUUAAAUACUUGGGGAGUUGCAAAGAGAUAAUAAAAAGGAAAAAGUGCCUUACAAAUGUUCAAUUAUUACGAUUAUAUAUAUAUAAAUAAUCUAUUUGUAAAUCUUAAUCGAUAGAUUUUUGUUAGAUAUCUUCCUUUAUUUUCUAUUUUUAAGAGUGCACAAGUUCUUGUUGUAAAUAUGAUGAGUUACCGUCUAAGAAGAAAUUUAAAAUUAUUAUUAAAAGAUUUGACAUCAAUAUUUUCGAAA